UUCCCCUGCUGCUACGUUAUCCAUAAAUAAUGGAACUGAAUUGACACAUCAUAUCAAAUUAUACAACUGAACUAUAUUCCAAAGGUGAAGAGAGAAUUAUUAUUCAAUCUUGCAAGCUCAAGGCGUAUUGUAUUACAAUCAUCCAUACCGGAAUUAGUCCCACACUUUGACGCUUACAUCCGUACUUCCUCUGUCCAGCGAAAUUUGAGAAAAAAAAAUUUCUGCACAAAUUUUAAAGAGUUAUUUAUUUUUAUGUGUUAACACCCUCAUCCGUACUUCCUCUAUGAUGAACACCCUCAUCAAUGCAGAGAAGACAGGAAACUUUGGAGCAGAUUGGUUUGGAGUGCUUCAAUUCCACCGAAGGUGCACAUUUUUAUUUGGCGUGUGAUUAAAAAUAUCAUUCCAGCAGCUGUGAACCUUAAGCUCCAUCAUGUUCCGGUGGAUGGGAUAUGUGAGCAUUGCCAUGACAGAUGGGGUACAACAGCUCACGCUACUAUUUUCUGCCCGAUGGUUCGAAAAGUGUGGAAGAAUUCGAUGUUCUGGAAAAGUCUGAGGAGAGUGGAGGGAAUGGAGAUGAUUGAUAUUGCAGAGAUGAUUGGAAGAGAAUACACAUGAGAGGAGUACGAGAUCUGGUGUGUUUUAUUAUGGCAAACAUGGGAUUACGUUUGCAAAAUGAAGCAUGGGCAGAAAGAGGAAUAUGAAACGCCAAAUGAAAACAUGAGUAGAGCGCUGCUGGAAACUUUUGCAGAUGCUUGUGCAACGCGUUGCAAAGAUGGAUGGUUGGGAGUGAAGUUGGGAAAAAAGAAAUGGGAAAGACCAGCUUUUAGGAUUUUCCGCAUGGACGUUGAUGUGCUGUUUGAUCCGGCGAAGGGCGAGUUUGGAGUGGGUUUUGUUUGCAGAGACUCGAAUGGUUCUCUGGUGGUGGCAGGAACUCAACGGAUGAAGCCGGCGUCGACCGCAAUGAAGGCUGAGAUUAUGGCAGUCAUUCAGGGAAUUUAUGUGUGUAUGAAGCAUAAUGUUGAGGCAGUGGAAAUUUUCACUGAUUCGCUUCUGGCGGCGAGAGCUAUGGCGAACGAAAAAGAAGAUGAGAAUUGCCUCCCUGCACACUUGGCGGAGAUCCUUCAUGCUGCGAGAGAGAAUUUCCUUUUGAAUGUGCAUCAUAAUUCAUAUGUAUAGAGAAGCCAAUUCUGUGGCUCAUUUUCUAGCGCAAAAGGCAAGAACGUGUAACGAGUCCAUUUGUUGGACGAAUGACUUCCCUAAAUGGCUUAGGGACAUUGU